AUGGUCAGCCUUGACCUCGUCCGCAAAGCCAAUAGUGGCUUGAAAUCCAGAUUACCUAGCCCUGUGGCCCUCUUCGUGGGCGGGACCAGUGGCAUUGGCCGAAGUACCCUACGUCAACUUGCUUUCAACACUCGAGCUCCGAAGGCCUACAUCGUUGGACGUAGCGAAAGCAACGCUGAGCAACUUUUGAAAGAGCUCAACGAUAUCAAUCCUCUCGGCUCUUUCAACUUCAUCGAGGCCGAUGUAUCACUCAUCAGCAACGUCGACAAGGCUUGCGAGAGCAUCAAGCAACAAGAGCAGGCACUAGACCUGCUUUUCAUGACUCCAGGUGGACUGUCGCUGGUCGGACGCCGGGAAACAAGUGAGGGCAUCGACAAGCUGUUCGCUCUACGUUACUAUGCUCGUAUGCGCUUUACCCAAAACCUACUUCCACUGCUAGAGGCUGCAGAACCUCAGCCAGGCCGUGUCGUCAGUGUCUUGGGUGGUGGCUUCGAGGGCAACAUCAAUGCCAAAGAUCUCGACUUGAAGCACAACUACAAUAUCGUCAGCUGUGCUAUGCAUUCUGUUACAAUGACCUCGCUGGCCAUGGAGCAUCUGGCCGCCUCACAUCGUGCCUCUUUUGUACAUGUCUAUCCCGGCUUGGUUGGCACCAAUAUUUAUACCAACAGUUUCCCUCCACCAUUGGCUGCAGUAUACAACUAUGGCAUGUGGCCACUGAUGUAUCCAUUCUCGGUCAACAUCGAUGAAAGUGGUCAGCGUCAUCUUUUCCAUGCGACAUCAGAUCGCUAUGCUGCCAACAAACUCGAAAGUCCCGGAGACAUGAAUGUCCAACAUGAAUCGGAAAGAGCUGUGGGCUCUGGAGGAGUGCUUGGCAGUGGUGCAUAUCUGAUGAAUUGGAAGGGCGAGACGAUUGCGGCGGGAAAGAAGAUGCAAAGUCUGAGGGCACAAGGUAUGGCUCACAAGAUAUGGGAGCACACUACCGAUGUUCUUAGCCGUUCUAUUGCCGUCAAAAUCGAACGUACUCGUGUUGAGAUCCGUCCCGAACCAAUCAAUCAGUUGAGUGGCGUCCAGGCUGGCGGAGGGUAG